AUGGUAUCAGAGCGAAAUCGGAGCUAUGCCGCUGCUGUGGUGACAGGCGAUGCAACCGAAGAGGGAACCUCAACCGGCAAUCCAUCACCUCCGGCGAAUCAGCAUCCAGUAACUUUGAAUCAAAGGAAUGAGGAGUUCGAUGAUCCGUAUUAUCUUCACAUCACAGAAAAUCCAAAUUUAGUUUUGGUUUCUCCUCCCCUCUCCGAGCUCAACUAUGCUUCAUGGAGCAGGUCCAUGAAGAUAGCUCUGGAAGUUAAAAACAAGUACAGCUUCGUUGAUGGAACAAUUCCUAAUCCAGGAGAGUCAGAUCCGAGAUAUCCAGUGUGGAAGAGGUGCAAUAACAUAGUUUGUUCCUGGAUUCUGAAAUCGCUGAAUUCAACCAUAGCUGAGAGUGUCUUGUACUAUGAAAUGGCAGCAAAUAUCUGGAGUGCUUUUAAGAAGAGAUACUCACAAUCGGAUCCUCACAAGAUAGCUGAGUUGCAGAAUGAAAUCUUCAGAAAUCUGCAAGGUAAUAGAUCUAUAAACGAGUAUUUCACUAAGUGUAAUGGUCUAUGGGAACAGCUAAAUUCUAUGAGGCCUUUACCUGUUUGUGAGUGUCGACCUAGAUGCUCAUGUACUCCACUUAGCAAAAUUCAGAAAGAGAGAGAGGAUGACAAAGUCAUCAGGUUCCUAGAGGGCCUAACUGAUGAAUAUGAGUCUAUUAAGACUAGUGUCUUGGUUAUGGAUUCAAUUCCUUCUGUGGAAAAGGUCCUUCACAUGGCUUUGAAGUUAGAAAGGAAGAUCAAAGGCACUAUUAAUCAAAGGAACACUGAUCUGAUUCAAUCUAAUGCUGUUCAGAAUCAGCCUACAGAUGAUCAAAACCUGGUAGCAGCCUCCAGUAUAAAUAACAGAAAGAGGUAUGGAAAUAAUGGAGGGAAGAACAUACCUAAGUGUACUUAUUGCAACAUGAGUGGCCACACUGUGGAAAAAUGUUACAAAAAGCAUGGUUAUCCUCCAGGCUGGAUUCCAGGAUAUAAAACUAGAAACAAGAAUAGUGUUGAUACUCCAAGUUCUGUUAACCAAAUUGGUGAUAUAGGGAUAUCAACAGAUCAGCUUCAGAAAUUGUUGACACUUCUGCAAGGUCAAAACCAAGGGAAUCAAGCUGAUAGCCAAUCCUCUAGUAAUGCUGCCAUCACAGUAACCAAGCCAGGGAUGAGAUCAGAUUUCAGAAGUCACUCUGAGGAACUGAAUGAAGGCAGGUUUAUUUCUAACUUGCAUAUCAAUGAUGAUUUACACUCUCAUGCUGUGUGGAUACUUGAUUCAGGAGCUACAGAUCACAUAACUUGUUCCUUAGAAUACCUUGAAAAUUACUAUAAAGUGCAAGGUACCUCUGUCAAAUUGCCCAAUGGAGAAGCUGUGGAUGGGCCUCAUGGGACAGUGACUGGUUUUGCUAAGGAAAGAGGUGGCUUGUAUCUGCUUACUGAUCCUCCUGUUGGAAGAAAGAAGUCUCAAGUUAAUAAGCUUGCUGAAUGUAAUAGUGUGUCUCUAGAAGUCUGGCAUCAUAGACUAGGACACUACCCCUUGAAUAAGAUACAAUCCUUGAAAGGAAUAAAUCAUGUUAUAUGCAAAACUUCUGAUUUUUUGCCUCUUUGA